AUGGAUGUCGUCCUCGAGGUGCUCGACACCUUUGGUGUCGACUACAUCUAUGCAACCCUCUACCCGGCGCAUCCCGCCUCGUACAACUUCCAGAACCCCCCGGCAAACCAGUCAAUUGACCAGCAGGUCUUCUCAACAUGGGUCUACAAACCAUCUACCGAAUACUUUUCCCUCGAGCCUUCAAAAUAUGCCUACAUGAGCGCAUGGCCCCGCGAUAACAUCUUCCGCCAGGCCUUGUCGCUGUUCUUCAUCGUCUGGUUAUUUGGCUUCCUGUUGUACUUCGCCUUCGCCUCGCUGUCAUAUUGCUUCGUCUUCGACAAGAAGACCAUGGAGCACCCCAAAUACCUCCGCAACCAGAUCGGCCUCGAGAUCAAGCAGACCUUGGCCGCCCUUCCCGGCAUGUCUGUCUGCACGACGGUCAUGAUGCUUCUCGAGGUGCGCGGGUACUGCAAGCUGUACGAUGUGUUCGAGGACGCGCCCUUCCCCGGCUACAACUGGAUCCAGUAUCCAUUCUUCAUCAUGUUCACCGACUUCUGCAUCUACUGGAUCCAUCGCUGGCUGCACCACCCGCUCAUCUACAAGCGUCUUCACAAGCCGCAUCACAAGUGGAUCAUGCCGACCCCCUUCGCCUCCCAUGCCUUCCACCCCCUCGAUGGCUUUGCCCAGUCCCUACCCUACCACAUCUUCCCCCUCAUCUUCCCCCUGCAGAAGGUCGCCUUCCUCCUGCUCUUCGUCAUCGUCAACAUUUGGACCAUUCUGAUCCACGACGGCGAGUUUGUCUCGGAUAACCCCGUCAUCAACGGCGCGGCCUGCCACAGCAUUCACCACCUCGCCUUUAACUACAACUACGGUCAGUACACCACUCUCUGGGAUAGACUGGGCGGUAGCUACCGCAAGCCCGACCGCGCCAUGUUCGACAAGGAGAAGAACAUGUCCAAGGAGCAGUGGGAGAAGCAGAGCAGGGAGAUGGAGAAGAUUGUCAAGGUGGUUGAGGGCGAGGACGACAGGUCCUACGAGCCCAAGAUCGAGAACAAGAAGACGAGGUAGAGGCUUGCCUCUUGUCGGAGUCGCACCGGGCAUAGCCUAUACGGGUAGCACGUCGAAACGUACAGACCCCCGGUGUGAGGAACAUAAAAGCCCAGCGGGAGAGGCUGGGCGCGGCGCAAAUGUUUCUGGCAUUUACGAUCAAAUUGGCCGGUUCACUUCAGUAACACGAAUCGUCCCAACGAUCUGGGAUCUUUGUACAUAAGGUUAUGGAAUCCCCCCGUUUAUAGCCCGCGGGCCUCAAGGGGAUCAUCUUGGCCUGGUAGUGGCAGGAGCUGCAGCACCACCACUACCACCACAACCAGAUGGACCAACGCAUUUGCAUACGAGUAUGGAAGGAAAAUUGGGCAGAGUUGGGAGGCGGAACGAUCUUGGAGGAUGAUGAUUGAUUUUUAUAUGGGCCUUGCCAACCCUCUCCGUUGGCGAUAAGGCAUACAUUUGCAGAAUCCGCCGGCCUGUGCCGUCGGUAUGCGAUGGUGCCGCCUCGUCGCCACAACGAAAUCUUGGACUAUCUUAAUACUGGGUAAUGUUUCCCUCCCCGCCUCUCAUUAUCCUUGUGCGUACAAGGAAGAAAGGCGGGGAGGCGAAUGAACCGCGAAUAACGCGUGUGACGAACGAUAAUUAUGGUGUUGUAAUAGAACGAAUGAGCAAUUCUACUCUGCCUCACCUUUUUGUUGAUC